ACAUGCGUAGCCGGCAAACCCGGGCACGACGCGGUUGUCACCACACUUGUCAUCUCUUCAGAUGGGAGCUGGGUUGCGACGGCCUCCGACGAUUCUACGAUCAUCCUAUGGGAUGCUCGAGAUGCGUGUAUCUCGCAACAGUGGAUUGCCCAUGACGGAGAGGUGCAUGAUCUCGCAUUCUCCCCAGACAGCCGAUAUAUCGCGUCCGCGGGUGGGGAUCGGACGGUCGCAAUCUGGGACAUCAGCGGCAGCGCACACCAAGUCGCCUCUCUCCAGGACCACGUUAUCGUCUGCAACAAAUGCGCGUGGUCCAGCGACGGCGCUUAUAUUGCAUCCCGAGACGGCAAUACUAUACGGCUCUGGGAUGCACGAACUUUCCGGCUGCUACCGCUAAAUGACGCCGAAAAGACGAAACUCAACGAGCUCCUGUUCUCCCCUGACAGGCGCUGGCUGCUUAUCCACAACGGGAACGCCUGUGGGGUUUGGGAUGUUGUAUCUGGUGCAUACCUCGCGUUCCCAUUGCAACGAUACAACGAGCGUUAUUCUCUUCGAGCCGCAUUUAACCCGAAGAGUUCACACAUCGCCGUUGGAUAUGACGAUGGGAAGCUCCACGUUUGGAACGUCGCGACUGGACAGGAGCCUCUGUUUUGGCAGGCGCACGAAAAUAGGCCAGUCCGCUAUGUGGUGUUUUCUCCGGACGGCCGGCUGCUGCUCUCAACGGCCGGCAAAGUAGUGAAGACAUGGGAUGCGGAUACGUGUGCGACGGUCCAGUCGCUUGAAGGGCACAAGUCGUGGAUGACGGAGGCGUGCUUCUCCCCGUGCGGGAAGUACAUCGCCUCUGCAUCUAAUGACGAGACGGUGAGGGUGUGGAAAACCAGUGAUGGAGCAUGCUUGGCGACGCUCUCCGACCAUGGUCCCUGGGUCUCGCAUGUUGCGUUUACUCCGGACGGGACGAUGUUGUGGUCUGCAGCAGGGGAUGGAACCGUC